GUGUGGCUCACCAUUCCAGCAGUCAACAUGAGAGCUCUGGUCGUCCUGGCGGUGGUGGGUGUGUGCUCGGCGUUCCCCUUCAUCAGGGACGCCCCCGACGUGCAGGCGGAGAAGGAGCGGUUCUUUGAGGUGUUCAAUGCCGUUCAGACUGCUGCCACAAGCCACCCUGCCCUGCAACGCCCCUCGCCCGCCGCCUACCGCCCCUCGCCCGCCGUCCAGCCCAAGUGGUAUGGACCCGUGGCUGCCACCGUCCCCGCCGGCGUCGACGGCACCAUCACUCCCGUAGGCGACACCCAAGAAGUUAACGCCGCCCGCAACGCCUUCUUCAACGCCUACAACGAACAGAUUAAGGCUACGGUCGGUUCUGCGCCUGCCGUCCCCUCCUACGCCCCCGCCUACAGCCCUGCGCCAGCUCCUCGCUACCGGGCCGCCCCUGUCCAGCCCAAGUGGACCGGCCCCGUGGCAGCCACCGUGCCCGCCGGACUGCCAGGCUCCGCCCCGCAGGUCGCUGACACUCCCGAAGUCACAGCCGCCAAGCAGGAGUUCUUCAACACGUACCAGAGGCAGGCGGCAGCUGCGGCGCCUCCUUCGCGUAACUACUAUUAGGCCACACUGUGAUAAUCAGCUUUAGAUUGGAAGGAAUUGAACACUGAAAUAAAUUUGUACUGUCCAA